AUGUCGCACAUACUCCGUAGACAACUCCUAGGUCGCACAGCAAUCGGCGUUGCAAAUGCCGCCGCUAUUGCCAGCCAGCCAGUAAGAGUGCAAGCGAGCUCCAGCAGGUCCUUCACUACCAGUAUUAGCCUCAGACUGCUUCGGACCCUGUCAUCCCAAGCCCCACGCCUCAAUGUCGGUACCUCCAGGGCGAUCCUUUCUUCUCCCUGCCGGUCAGACUCGUCGCCCUUGGUCUUCUUGGCUUUGACCCCGCCAUCUCGCACAACCACCACAACCCCGCCAUCGACAACUUUCUUCAGCUUCACCAGAUCUUAUUCGGCUUCCGCUCCUCGUCGUACAGGUCAAUUCUCUGCGAAAAUGGCGCCCGCUAAGGAGUACGCUCUCUUGUGUCUCGAGAAUCCUCUUCUCGACAUCCAAGCCUUCGGUGACGAAGCCCUCCUCAAGAAAUACGACCUCAAGGCCAACGACGCCAUCCUCGCCGAAGAGAAGCACCUCCCUCUCUACGAGGACCUCCUCAACAACUACGACGCCAAGCUCCUCGCUGGCGGCGCCGCCCAGAACUCCGCCCGUGGCGCCCAGUACAUCCUGCCCCCAAACAGCGUCGUCUACCUCGGCUGCGUCGGCGACGACAAGUACGCCGCCAUCCUCCGCGAUGCCGUCCGUGCCGCAGGCCUGAGGGUCGAGUACCGUGUCGACCCUAAGGAGCCUACCGGUAGGUGCGGUGCUAUCAUCACCGGCCACAACAGGUCGCUUUGCACCGCUCUUGAUGCCGCCAACAAGUACGACUUGGAGCACUUGAAGAAGCCUGAGAUUUGGGCCCUUGUUGAGAACGCCGAGAUCUUCUACGUCGGAGGCUUCCACUUCACCGUCUGCCCCCCUGCCAUCAUGGAGCUCGGCAAGUUCGCCGCCGCCAACAACAAGGUCUUCGCCGUAAACCUCUCCGCCCCCUUCAUCCCCCAAUUCUUCAAGGAUGUCGUCGACGCCAGCGCCCCCUACUGGGACUACAUCAUCGGCAACGAGACCGAGGUCGCCGCCUACGCCGAGGCCCACGGCCUCGCCUCCAAGGAACCCAAGGACGUCGCCAUCCACCUCGCCAACCUCCCCAAGGAGAACACCCAGCGCAAGCGCGUUGCCAUCGUCACCCAGGGCACCGAGCCCACCCUCAUCGCCGUCCAGGGCGAGGAUGCCGUCCGCGAGGUCCCCGUCCACAAGAUCGAGAAGGACCAGAUCACUGAUACCAAUGGUGCCGGUGAUGCUUUUGCGGGCGGUUUCCUUGCUGGUCUUGUUGAAGGCAAGGAGCUUGAGACUGCUGUUGAUAUGGGCCAGUGGCUUGCUCGCUUGAGCAUCCAGGAGCUUGGUCCUUCGUUCCCCACGCCCAAGCAGACCUACUCUCCCAAAUAA